AUGCUUGAGGGCCCUACAUUCAUCAAACGCGAUCUUACUGAUAACGAUGCGAAGACUUGGCCCUUCGGCUUCCAUCACAUGCAAAAUAACAGCAACAGCAGCGGUCGUCUGCAAGCACUCCAAUAUUCGCCCACCGAAUGGAGUAAUUCGCGCAAUGCAUUUUCCAAAUAUGGACGCAUGAGCAACACGAGUAACGGCAAUUGCAGCAACAACAGCGCGAGCUAUCAGCAGGAAACAGUAAAUAUGCUGCACUCACACCACUGGUACACCGCGGACGAGCCCAUGGUGGAGGACAUCAAUGUAAACAACAACAACAAUUGUGUCUUUUUCGAACAGCAACCGGAACAGCAUGUAAAACAUAAUCACGACAUAACACAAAUGCAUCAUCAACUUUAUCACACGAACCACUCAAAUGCGCAAAGUUCAAUACGCUAA